CUACGGGUUCCGUGUGGGACAGAGGGCUGAAGAUUUCCGGAUCAGCGGAUUCUUCAUCCGGAGACUAGGUGCUGCAGCUUCUUCUACGAGGUGCACUGGAGUCCCCUCUGGGCCCUUUGUUACCGGAGUGGAAGGAGAGUGUGGCCAUGGCGACCCCUGCACAGCCAAAGAAAAUCGUAGCCCCUACGGUGUCCCAGAUCAAUGCGGAGUUCGUGACCCAGUUAGCAUGUAAAUACUGGGCUCCUCACAUCAAGAAAAAAUCACCUUUUGACAUAAAGGUUAUUGAAGAAAUAUAUGAGAAGGAGAUUGUCAAGUCAAGGUUUGCCAUCCGAAAGAUAAUGCUGUUGGAAUUUAGCCAGUAUCUUGAAAAUUAUCUCUGGAUGAAUUAUUCUCCUGAGGUAUCUAGCAAGGCCUAUUUAAUGUCCAUCUGCUGUAUGGUGAAUGAGAAAUUCAGAGAAAAUGUUCCUGCAUGGGAGACUUUUAAGAAGAAGCCAGACCACUUCCCAUUCUUCUUUAAGUGCAUCUUGAAAGCAGCAUUAGCUGAAAAUGAUGGUGAAUUUUCACUCCAUGAACAGACAGUCCUAUUGCUUUUUCUUGAUCAUUGCUUCAAUAGUUUGGAAGUAGACUUGAUACGGAGUCAAGUACAGCAGCUUAUCUCCCUCCCAAUGUGGAUGGGCUUACAGUCUGCACGAUUGGAAUUAGAAUUAAAAAAAACACCUAAGCUAAGAAAAUUCUGGAACUUGAUUAAAAAGAAUGAUGAAAAGAUGGAUCCAGAAGCAAGAGAACAAGCCUAUCAAGAAAGAAGAUUUCUUUCACAACUCAUCCAGAAGUUUAUCUCUGUUCUGAAAUCAGUCCCGCUGUCUGAACCUGUCACUAUGGACAAAGUUCAUUAUUGUGAAAGAUUUAUUGAACUUGUGAUAGAUCUAGAGGCCCUGCUCCCUACAAGGCGCUGGUUUAAUACCAUUUUAGAUGACUCUCAUCUUUUGGUUCACUGUUACCUUUCCAAUCUUGUUCAUAGGGAAGAGGAUGGUCAUCUUUUUUCUCAGCUUUUGGACAUGCUUAAGUUCUAUACUGGUUUUGAAAUUAAUGACCAGACUGGAAAUGCUCUGACAGAGAAUGAGAUGACCACAAUUCAUUAUGAUAGAAUUACUUCUCUACAGAGAGCUGCUUUUGCACAUUUCCCUGAACUCUAUGAUUUUGCCCUCUCCAAUGUGGCAGAAGUAGAUACUCGAGAAUCCUUGGUCAAGUUUUUUGGACCUCUUAGUUCAAACACACUCCACCAGGUGGCAUCAUACCUCUGCCUGUUGCCAACCCUUCCUAAAAAUGAAGACACAACUUUUGAUAAAGAAUUUCUUCUAGAAUUGCUGGUAUCUCGACAUGAACGUCGGAUUUCUCAGAUUCAGCAGUUGAAUCAGAUGCCUUUGUAUCCAACUGAAAAAAUUAUAUGGGAUGAAAAUAUUGUCCCAACUGAGUACUAUUCUGGGGAAGGUUGUCUUGCUCUUCCCAAGUUGAAUUUACAGUUUUUGACUCUUCAUGACUAUCUCCUAAGGAAUUUUAAUCUGUUCCGCUUAGAAUCAACGUAUGAAAUUAGACAGGACAUUGAGGACAGUGUCAGCAGAAUGAAGCCAUGGCAAUCUGAGUACGGUGGUGUAGUGUUUGGUGGUUGGGCACGAAUGGCCCAGCCCAUUGUGGCUUUCACUGUAGUUGAGGUUGCCAAACCCAACAUAGGUGAAAACUGGCCAACCCGAGUUCGUGCAGAUGUCACCAUCAAUUUGAAUGUCAGAGAUCACAUCAAAGACGAAUGGGAAGGUCUUCGUAAACAUGAUGUAUGUUUUUUAAUUACUGUGCGUCCCACAAAACCUUAUGGCACAAAGUUUGACCGGAGAAGACCAUUCAUCGAGCAGGUUGGCCUGGUUUAUGUCAGAGGCUGUGAAAUCCAGGGCAUGCUGGAUGAUAAAGGGCGUGUCAUUGAGGAUGGACCUGAACCCAGACCCAAUCUUAGAGGAGAAUCAAGAACGUUUAGAGUAUUUUUGGAUCCAAACCAGUAUCAACAGGAUAUGACCAAUACUAUACAAAAUGGAGCAGAAGAUGUAUAUGAAACUUUCAAUAUAAUAAUGAGGAGAAAACCAAAGGAAAAUAACUUUAAGGCUGUGCUGGAGACUAUUCGAAACCUGAUGAAUACUGAUUGUGUGGUACCUGACUGGCUGCAUGAUAUCAUUUUAGGUUAUGGGGACCCAAGUAGUGCCCAUUAUUCAAAAAUGCCCAAUCAGAUUGCUACCCUUGAUUUCAAUGAUACAUUUCUCUCCAUUGAACAUUUAAAAGCCAGCUUUCCUGGUCAUAAUGUUAAAGUAACUGUGGAUGACCCAGCUCUACAGAUACCCCCUUUCAGGAUAACUUUUCCAGUAAGAAGUGGAAAGGGGAAGAAAAGGAAAGAUGCAGAUGAAGAUGAAGACACUGAAGAGGCAAAAACCUUAAUUGUUGAACCUCAUGUUAUUCCUAAUAGGGGACCUUAUCCUUAUAACCAACCCAAACGUAAUACUAUUCAGUUCACUCAUACACAGAUAGAGGCUAUCCGUGCUGGAAUGCAGCCUGGGCUCACUAUGGUUGUGGGCCCACCUGGUACAGGAAAAACAGAUGUGGCAGUACAGAUCAUAUCCAACAUCUACCACAAUUUCCCAGAGCAGAGAACUCUAAUUGUUACUCAUUCCAAUCAGGCCCUGAACCAGUUGUUUGAGAAAAUCAUGGCGUUAGACAUUGAUGAGCGCCACCUGCUACGUCUUGGUCAUGGAGAAGAAGAGCUGGAGACAGAAAAAGAUUUCAGCAGGUAUGGAAGAGUUAAUUAUGUCUUGGCUCGAAGAAUAGAACUUUUAGAAGAAGUCAAACGGCUACAGAAGAGUCUGGGCGUUCCAGGAGAUGCCUCAUAUACUUGUGAAACUGCAGGUUAUUUCUUCUUAUAUCAGGUAAUGUCUCGUUGGGAAGAAUAUAUCAGUAAAGUGAAAAAUAAAGGUAGUACAUUACCAGAUGUUAUGGAAAUCUCCACUUUCUUCCCUUUCCAUGAAUAUUUUGCAAAUGCUCCUCAACCCAUUUUUAAAGGCAAAUCUUAUGAAGAAGAUAUGGAAAUUGCUGAAGGAUGUUUCAGACAUAUUAAGAAAAUCUUUACUCAGCUUGAGGAAUUCAGAGCCUCUGAACUGCUCCGCAGUGGACUGGACAGAUCUAAAUACCUGUUAGUAAAGGAAGCCAAAAUCAUUGCUAUGACCUGUACUCAUGCUGCCUUAAAACGACAUGACUUGGUAAAGUUAGGUUUCAAGUAUGACAACAUUUUAAUGGAAGAGGCUGCUCAAAUUCUGGAGAUAGAAACUUUUAUACCUCUUCUCCUACAGAAUCCUCAGGAUGGGUUUAGCCGACUGAAACGAUGGAUCAUGAUUGGUGAUCAUCACCAGUUACCUCCAGUAAUUAAGAACAUGGCCUUUCAGAAGUAUUCAAACAUGGAGCAGUCUCUGUUUACUCGCUUUGUCCGUGUUGGUGUUCCUACUGUGGACCUUGAUGCUCAAGGGAGAGCCAGAGCAAGCUUGUGCAACCUCUACAACUGGCGAUACAAGAAUCUAGGAAACUUACCCCAUGUGCAGCUCUUGCCAGAGUUCAGCACAGCAAAUGCUGGCUUACUGUAUGACUUCCAGCUCAUUAAUGUUGAAGAUUUUCAGGGAGUAGGAGAAUCAGAACCUAAUCCUUACUUUUAUCAGAAUCUUGGAGAGGCAGAAUAUGUAGUAGCACUUUUUAUGUAUAUGUGCUUACUUGGUUAUCCUGCGGACAGGAUCAGUAUUCUAACAACUUAUAAUGGCCAAAAGCAUCUUAUUCGUGACAUCAUCAAUAGACGAUGUGGGAAUAAUCCAUUGAUUGGAAGGCCAAAUAAGGUGACAACUGUUGAUAGAUUUCAAGGUCAACAGAAUGAUUACAUUCUUCUUUCUCUUGUACGAACCAGGGCAGUGGGUCAUCUGAGGGAUGUCCGUCGAUUAGUAGUGGCCAUGUCGAGAGCCAGACUCGGACUUUAUAUCUUCGCCAGAGUGUCUCUCUUCCAAAACUGUUUUGAACUAACUCCAGCUUUCAGCCAACUCACAGCCAGACCACUUCAUCUGCAUAUAAUUCCAACAGAACCUUUCCCAACCACUAGAAAGAAUGGAGAAAGACCAUCUCAUGAAGUACAGAUAAUAAAAAAUAUGCCCCAGAUGGCAAACUUUGUUUACAAUAUGUAUAUGCAUUUGAUACAAACCACACAUCAUUAUCAUCAGACUUUCUUACAGCUACCACCUGCGAUGGUGGAAGAAGGCGAUGAAGGUCAAAGUCAAGAAACAGAAUUGGAAGCAGAAGAGGCCAUGCUCAUUCAAGCUGAUGACAUACCAAGUCCACCUGAUGUCAGCUGUAGUCAAGAGACCCUGGCCUCUCAGCCUGAUUCCACCCCCAAUCAGACUGAGACCACUGCCAGUCAGACAGGAGCCAAUUCCAGGCCAGAAAUGGUUACUGCUUCUGUGCCAGGAGCUGUAACUACACCAGUAAAGGCAACCACCCCUCAGGAUGCCACAUCUGCCCCAACAAAGACCAACUAGCCAAAUUGUAGCCCUUUUUAGGGAGGACAUUCAGUCAUAAAGUCUAAGUAAAGUUACUUUUGGUAUUUUACAUUUGCUUCUGCUAUUUCAAUGGCACUAACUAAUGUGCAGUCCUUAUUUUUGUUAACUGGUUGUCCUGUAUGUAUUUUUUAAUUAUAUGUAUAUAAACAGUUCAGUUUAAUUUACUUAAACAGAAAGGCAAAUAACUAUUCCUUUGAUAUUUGAUCACUGAGUGUAUCUAUCCUAAUAUGGAAUUAACUAUAAGUGCCCUUGAGCAAAUGUUCCAAUUAGAGAGGAAAUGGUUUCUUCUGUCAUGCAUACUGUGGGAUAUUUAAGUUCCAUCAUCGUUGAUUUACCUUUUGUUUUUUUCUGUAAAGACAUUCCACUAAGAGCCAUAGGAAAAAGAUUUCUGUAGUUUAUCAAAGAGGUUUCCUUCCCAAGAAUCUCAGAAUGUAUCAGAAUCACCUAGGUUUGUUGUUUAUUCUUAGAGUCUACCUCAGACUUGGUGAAUCAGACACUCAAAGGUUACAACAGGUCCUGCAGUCUGGUAGUGUUUGGGUUACUGGCAGAGUAGCAUCAGGUAAGGCUGGUAAGGUUAAAGCAGGAUUUGUCACUCAGCUAAAUAGGAACACUCUGGGCAGAAAGCAGGACCCAGACUCUGGGCAACAAUUCAGCUGACUUCAUUCUUUGUGCAGGGUAGAAGACUCCCAGUGUGGAGUUCUGUUUUGUGUCAUUUAGUUUUCUUUGUGGAUAACAAUCCACAAGGAGACCUUCAGGUGUGAAGUGUAUCAUAUUUGGGAGGGUAGAGAUAUUAGGACCUUCCUAUUCUAGUGUGAUUAGCAAACCACUAGCCUUGGUUAUCUUUGAAGUUUAUUAGAAAUGUAGAGAUAUUACCUCUGCUCCAGACCCAUUAAAUCUAAACCAGUAUUUCAACAAAGUUCUCAGCUGAUUUAUUUGCAUUUUCUGGUUUGAGAAGCACGAUAAUGAGAUUAUUGUGUUUUCUGACUACUGACCUCUGCCUAUAAGGACUGUAAAUGGGGUGGCCAGAGCACAAGAGAUGGAUAUAUCUAUAUAGGGUAGGGGAAAUUGCACUUAUUCUCUUUACCCCAUUUUGAUCGUCUGCUAGGCUGGCUGAAGGAGCAUUUCCCCAAAGCAUAUCUACUUAGAGAAUUUGAGGAAAGAAUAAGAAUUGUACCUCUCAUCCUGGCAGUUUAAAAGGAUGGUUAAUUCAUAAAGAAAUUAAACCCAGAAAAUUCUAUCAGUUGUUUUUUUUUUGUUUGUUUUGUUUUGUUUUUGUUUUUUUGAGUGACCAGUGUUUGCUCAAUUCUACCAGGCCGUUAGACACACCUAACACAUCUAACUUCAUUAGAACACUGUAUAAAUGUUAGGAGAGGAGGGGGAAAGUGAAGGGAAAUGAAAAGGAGUGAAAUGUGAUAGAAAUUGUACUAGGAAUCCCUGGUCUAUUUGUUAUCAGAGUAAGGAUCAAGCCAGUCUGUUACAUAAUUUCUCUGAUGUAAGCAUUUGAAAGCAGGUGUUGUGGGCAUCUGUAUGAGGAAUAGCACUCAGAAUUAUUUUCAUUUGUGAAUAUAUGGUAUCAGGCUAAGCAAGACAGAAAGAAGCUUUACUGUAUUACAGUCUUUCCUGGAAAAGAUUGAUUUUUUCUCUCUACCCUUUAGAGGAUAUGAAUUAUGAUACCUGCAACCAAAAUAAACAAACUGCUAGGCAGCUUUCUCAAACUGUUUUCCAAGUGUCACUUAGAAAAUCUCUCUAACUGGAUGACCAUACUUUUUUCUUUGCUGCUUGAUUUUUCUACCACACUUUAAAAAACAAAUGCAGGCGGAAGAUGGGUAAGCCUUUUGUCAAAGGAAUUAAAAACUGGAUGAGGAUAGGGGGAUUAAAUUGUUCACUCACUGGGAAGGCCAGAGAGUUACAGAAAAUCAUGGAACUUUUAAAGGAAUUUAAGAGAUUCUUUUUUAAAACAAUGAGGAAACAGAAUGGAGAGGCUUAACGUGGUUGGCAAAUGGGGCUGAGGGCAAAGUUAAGUCCAUACUCCUAAGGCAGUGUUUUAUUUAUAUUUCAAAUCUAUAAGAGUGAUGGCUUUUACCAAUUCAAGAGUUUUCUAUAUAACAUGGGAUUCUACAGACAGGUACUAGAGUCGUUGACUAUUGCAGAUUAGUGUUCCCAUUGCUCUCCAUCCUGUUUUUCAUAUUUGAAUAUGUCAUGAUUUGGAAUUCUAUUUUUAAAAGGAGACCAAAAAGAUGCAUGCUAAGAGAUUGAGCAUGAAAUGAAGCAAUUCAAGUACUGAGACUUUUUUUCCCCCCACAAAAUGCUGAGUUAAGAAAGUUCAUUACCAGCAGCUGAGAAAUAAUAACUCCAUUGAUUUGGGCAAAUGAAUGAGUAGAUCUAAAUAAACAUUAUCAGGACUCUUGAAGUUGGUGUGAUGGUAAAAGUUGAGAUGUUUUGCUAAAUACUAAAAGAAAACUGCAUAAGUGGAUCAUUUGUGUUUUUAUUAAAAAUGAAAUUUUUAUGAUCAAGAAAUAGCAUGAUAUUAUAAAGCAAACUCUGCACUCACCCUGACCUUGCUUAAAUUUCACUUAAUUUGCUUAUCGGCCUUUGAUUUGAACUUAGGCAGGAUUUAUAACUUUAUAACCUCUGUAAGCCCCAGUUUUCUUCAUAAAAACAGGGAAGAAAUCUGCUUGGGGUUGUUAGUUUGUUUUAUAGAAUAAUGUUUAUGAAAAGAUCCAGCUCCUAGGCAUUCAGCAAAUAUGUCUCUCUCCUCAUUUUUCUCCAAAACUUUGUGACAAUGUAGUUAGUAAGUUGUCAACUAAUCCUUUAACUUGACCACCUACCUAUAUCCUUAUCCAGAGAGCACAGAGGAUGAUGAAGGGGACAUGUGAUGCAAUUGACAUUUGAGGAUGUAUCAAAGAUCAGGUCUUCUGGUUAUAGACUUCUCAGUCAGUCCAUUAGAGCAUUGAGGUUAGUCUCUGCUGAAACUAACAUGCUCACAGAAUAGUGUCACCAGAAGGAUAGUCACUAGGUUCCAUCAUGCUUCUGAUACGUGGAACUAAUCAGGUCUAACAGUUGUGAAUCCUGUACUGCCCCAUCCUUAAAUCAUUUGUUAUUGGAUUUUCUUGGUUUUGUGCCUUGAGUGUGCUAUUUUCUUAUUUUUCAGUCAUUCAAAUGGUGUUUUCAGAGCUGUUUCUUCAAUUAAAUCAAGAUACAAAAGAUUUUUUAAAAAUCCUUUUGUAGGAGCCAGAAGAGCUGUAAAAGAUAAGCAGUGCUUUCUGUAGAAAACUCUUGGCCAUUAGCUUUUGUAAUUAUUAGGCAAUCAUUGAUGUUAAUAGAUAUUUAAGAAUGGUGGAACUGGAACUAUACUUAAAGCCAGGCUUGUAAGUGAAGAUAUGGGACGCUGUAUUUCCUUUACCCACUGGUACUCUUUAGUGCCCAAAAAAAGCUUUAAUUAAAUGGGAUCUAGAAGCUUU